GACCGAGCCAGUUCGGCAACUUGGGCUUACCUGACGGGGACAAGGAGAGGGAGGAGAGGAGCGGAGAAGCCCCAGAACCAUCCCAGGAGAUGAGGGGGAAAAGGAGACUCUGGGGGUUUGGUUUUGUUUUGUUUCUAAACGAGGUUUUCCCGUUCUUGGGAUUGUCCAAGUUUCCAUUUCCAGGGGGUACAUAUUUCCACGGAAUUCAUUUGGAAUAUUGAAAUGACUUCCUUAACAGUUUCUGCAAUGGGUCGAAGUAUACCAGUCGAAGUGGAUGAAUCGGGAGACUGGUCCCUAUUUACAGAACAUUCACCAUCUGAUGAAAAUAUAGAGAACCUGGCAUCAAUGGGAUCCUGUCUGUCUCACGCCACUUCACAUGCAGUAGCUGGGCAACCAUGCUUCUGCAAGCACCUUAACUGCGUAGGUCAUGACAGUGCUGCAGCAGAAGCAUAUGACAGUGUUCCUCAACAAAACCACCAGGCUUCCAGAAGGGAGACAUCUCCUGGCCCAUCCAGUGAAUCAACAGCCUCCUCCAGAGUUUAUUUUUGUUCUUCUGAUCCAGCCAACCAAUUGUUGAAAUCUCAACCUUCAGCUGAUUUUCUUGACACUGGGCACAAUGGUGGUAAUUUGCACAGAGGUUCUUCAUUAGGUAUUUCUCACAAUUCACAUAGUGAAGGUCAGGAGAAUGCAAAAUCAAGCCAGCCUCUGGAUAAUCAUUCACCACUAGACCUACAAACAGAAGACGCAGGAUAUGAUUCCCAACCUUUGGAUGUUAUGGGCAUCAGGCAGCUGGAACCUCCAUUGCCAUUGACAUCUGUCUUUAACCUGCAGGACCUUCCAAGGCCUUUGAUAUCCAGAGAGUAUCCACACAUGGAUCCUCAGCCAUAUCCUGUAGCUCCACGGGUACCUCAUCCAAAUGUUUCUCCACAGGCUCAGUGGCAUCCUAGAUACUACAAUCCUGGUGAUACAUACUACCAGAAUCCACAUGGGCAAACACCCUAUCUGCAUUUUGCACAUCCACCUCAUCUCAACCCUGCUCCUGGCCCAUGUGGAAGAUUCAUCCAUCCUGCUCAAAGAAUAAUCCCAAAUUAUUCUAGUCCUUAUUCCCGGAAGUGCAAUGAAGAAAGACUCCCAGAUAGAGAGAGCUUUUCUGCAGAAUUUCAGAGAUUCCAAGCCCAGUUUCAGAACUGGCAGCCCCACGGAGGAGCAUCCACCAAACCCUCUGAUGCCCAUAGGUGUCCUCCUGAUUCUUUGGCUCAGGUUAACAGCUCACUGAACCCAGCUGCUGUCCCAAGGAUUUGGAGUAACCCUGCAGUCAGAGGAACCCUGAAGACAAGUAAUUUGCCAGAAGAACUGCGUAAAGUCUUUAUAACCUAUUCUGUGGACACAGCUGAAGAGGUCAUGAAAUUGGUGAAUUUUUUGUCUGUAAAUGGUUUUUACACUGCUAUUGAUAUAUUUGAAGACACUAUCCGAGGUAUUGACAUCAUCAAGUGGAUGGAGCGUUACCUCAGUGAUAAGACAGUGAUGAUAAUCAUAGCAAUCAGUCCAAAAUACAGACAGGAUGUUGAAGGGGCUGAAUCCCAGCUGGACAAGGAUGAACAUGGCUUACAUACUAAGUACAUCCACAGGAUGAUGCAGAUUGAGUUUAUACAGCAAGGAAGCAUGAAUUUUAGAUUCAUUCCUGUGCUUUUUCCAAAGGCAAAGAAGGAACACGUACCCACCUGGCUUCAGAACACUCAUAUCUACAGUUGGCCCCAAAAUAAGAAGAACAUUUUGUUGCGGCUGCUGAGAGAAGAGGAGUAUGUAGCUCCUCCAAUAGGACCUUUACCCACUCUCCAGGUUGUUCCAUUGUGAGCAUACAUUAAAGUUCAUAUGAAGCCGUUGCUCUUGGCCAGCAGCCAGGGUUUUUCUGGCUUUGCCUUCUGCAUGAUGAAAAGCAUGUGUAAUCUCUCUCUCUCCCUACUCCCACUAAUAGAAUGUCUUGGGGUAAUGCAAACCACAUGUUUUCUUUUAUGCUGAGUGUUUCCUUCUGCAACUGAUCAGGGACACUGCUUCUCUGUCACCGUUUAAACAAACUGCAGAUGGAAAGAACGUCACCAUCACAAGGGUUUUUUUUUCCUUCCAAUCUUUUCCAAGAAACUUGCAAAUCUGUGGUAGGACAUAUAAAUUCUGUAAAUGAUGCUGAAAUAAGCAAAACAAUUACAUCCACUUGUUUGCUCAGGAUUCCUUUUGUUGUCUGCCAAAUGUUCUUGAAUUGUGUGAUGGUCUCCCACAGUCAUUUCACGUACACAAUAAAAGAGUUACCAUUCAUAUGGCCUGCCAUUUUUAUCACUGUGGAGACAUAGGGGUUUAACACUUUCAUUGUGAGUAAACAUAGACACCCUAGUCAUUGGUUAAGUACAUUACUCUGCUGGUUCUGUACCUUGUUGCUGCUCUUUGAAACAAUGACACAGCCAUUUAAUGCUAGAUUGGAGGAGCAUAAACACAAACCUGGCACCACCUCUACUCUUUCCAAACUGCCUACAGCUUCCUUCAUCUUAGAACAGAGUAAUAUUGCACUCAGGGCAGGGCAGUUGCAAACCCAUUUAUCCCAUAAUGUGUAGGAUCAUUACAUCUGUGACAACCAAUGGUGGCAUAAACCAGUGGGAUCCAUAUUGUGGCCAGCAGCUGGUGAGAUGAACAGACCUAGCGAAAGUUACUUUUUGGACUACAGCUUUAUUUUGUACUCCAAAAGGUAACUUUCGCUAGCUCUGCUCAUCUCAUUUCCAAGCUUUAGAGAUGAGGUGGAGAACAAUAGGCAUCUAUGGGACUGCUGGAUUGAAUGUUCAACUUGGCUGAAUGUGCUAAUUAAUGUUCACCUUACAAACAUAACAGUAGCAACAUUAUCAACAAAAAAAA